UAAUAUUAAAAAAGAAUUAAAACAUACUGGGUCAGACUUUAUCAGAAAAAGGGUUGAAGCAGAAGUUAAUUUGGAUAAAAGUGAUAAUCAUGAUAACAAUGAUGAUGAGACAGAGGAUUUAGAAAAUAAAAAAUUCUUUUUUGAAGACAAUGAUAAAAUGGAUGAGGAUAUGGAAUUGGGAAAUUCUUAA